GCGCAUGCGCGGCGCAGCGGCAAGAUGGCGGCGGCCGUGCUGUCCUGGACGCUGAGGGCGGCUCGCCAGGUACUUCCCUCGCCCUGCCCAAGGCAGGUGCGGAGCUACUAUGUGGACUGGAGGAUGCUGCGGGAYGUCAAGAGAAGGAAGAUGGCAUAUGAGCAUGCGGAUGAGAGGCUGCGGAUCAAUGCUAUCCGGAAAAACUCGAUCCUUCCCAAGGAGCUGCAGGAGGUGGCUGAUAAAGAGAUUGCUGCCCUGCCCCGGGACAGUUGCCCUGUGAGGAUCCGGAACAGGUGCGUCCUCACAUCCCGCCCUCGAGGGGUUAAGCGGCGCUGGAGGCUCAGCAGAAUUGUUUUCCGCCACUUUGCUGACCAUGCUCAGAUGUCCGGUGUACAGAGAGCCAUGUGGUAAUAAUCACCACAUGGAUGUGCAUGUAGGCAGAAAAAACAAACCAGGCUCGUUUGUGUGUAUAAUUAAAGCAGGACUGUCCCACCUCAGAGUCCAGCAUCAGUGUAAAAAUAAUAAGGGAAGGAUGAGAAGUUGUACUGAUUCAUUAAACUCACUGGAUUACAACUGGUAUCAGCUGACAAGCAAAAGCACAAAUGCAUUAAACUGGUCUGUAUGAUACGCAGUUUGUGACAAUAAAGUUGCAGAACUAACUUAAGGUUUGUGGUAUGGGCAACAUUGGAAAUAAAGACAUACAGCAAACA